AUGCCAGGCCAAAUCCAUGCUUCUUGUGGGGAGAACGCCAACGACGUCGUUAUCCUUGGCUGCGGCAUCAUCGGCUUGUGUACCGCGUACUAUCUCACAGAAAGUGGAAAUACAGAUCCAAAGAGUAUUCAUCUGGUUGAUUCGAGUCCGAAGUUAUUCCAUUGCGCGUCUGGCCUUGCUGCGGGCUUCUUGAGUGCCGACUGGUUCGCACCAUCCGUAGCUUCCCUCGGCGCGUUAUCCUUCAAACUUCACGCCGACCUCGCCAACGCGCAUUCCGGACGUACAACAUGGGGAUACUCGCAGUCCACCGGAAUCUCCCUUUCACAAGACAGCGAAUCAGCCAUUGGCGGUAGCGGCGAAGACUGGCUUGAGAAUGGAACGAGUCGAGCACAAUUAGCGAAUCACAAUAAGCCCUGGGAAGAACAGGCUGCCGGACCAGAAUGGCUUCGGCGCACACAGGAAGGCAUCAUGGAGGUUAUAAGUAGGGAUGGGACGACCGCACAAAUCGAUCCGUUGAGAUUCUGCCAGUGGCUUCUGAAAGAAGUUCAGAGAAGGGGGGUCACGAUACAUCAGCCUGCGACGGCGACAGCCAUCAUCAAGGACUCAGAAGACGUGUUGCGCGGUGUGAGGAUAUCAGAGGGUGAUGGCACACAGUCGGAGACAGAGUUACCAUGUAGCCGUCUCGUCAUAACCUCCGGUGCGUGGUCUCCACGCGUCUUCAGCACCCUCUUCCCAUCCUCGAAAGCGCGCAUCCCCGUCUCCUCGUUAGCUGGCCACUCGCUGCUCGUUCGAAACCCACACCACAAACCCGAAGAGCUCGACAAGGAAGUCUGCCACGCAGUCUUCGCGACAGAUACACUUGGCUUCUCGCCAGAAUGGUUCGCGAGAUUGGGUGGAGAGCUGUACCUGGCCGGGCUCAAUAGCACAAACAUACCUCUACCGGAGGUUGCAACAGACGUUCAAGCUAGUGCGAAGGCUAUCGAGCAGUUGAAACAGUGUGCGAAGGCUAUGAUGGUGAACGUCCCAGGCAGAGACAUGGAGAUUUUGAGGGAAGGCUUGUGCUUCCGUCCAGUCACAUCUAGCGGCCGACCCAUCGUAUCGCGGAUACCGGACGAAAAGCUCGGAGGCAUCAGGACGAAAGAUGAAAGAACUGGCGGUGUUUAUAUAGCGGCGGGUCAUGGUGCCUGGGGCAUAUCGCAUGCGCCUGGUACUGGACUUGUGCUGUCGGAGCUGAUAGAAGGGCGGGAAGCAAGCGCGAAUAUUGAGGCGUUGCAAUUACCAACGUAA